AUGCCAUCCCAGCUGCUUCUCGGAGAAUGCUGCCAGGCUUGCCUGGUCUCCCACUCCAAAAAGGCGCCGGGGACCUGCCGCCACCGCUUUGGGCCGCGCAGCCCUCGCUUCCGAGCCGCCUUGUCCUUCGCUUGGUGCCAGCGCCGCCAGCCAUGGCCACCGUGCCGUUCUCAAGUGCGCCAGAACUACCACCCCCAGUGCGAGGCUGCCAUUAACAGCCAGAUCAACCUGGAGCUCUAUGCCUCCUACGUGUACCCGUCGAUGGCUUUUUAUUUCAACCGCGACGACGUGGCCCUGGAGAACGUCUCCAAGUUUUUCCUGCGCCAGUCCCGAAAGGAGAGCGAGCGUGCUGAGAAGCUGAUGACGCUGCAGAAGCAGCGUGGAGGCCGCCUCCGCCUAGGCGACAUCAUGAAGCCUGACCGAGAUGACUGGGAGAGCGGCCUGAAUGCCAUGGAGUACGCCUUUCACCUGGAGAAGACCGUGAACCAGAGCCUGCUCGACCUGCACCAGCUGGCCACCCACAAGAAGGACGCCCACCUGUGCAGUUUCCUGGAGAGCAACUACCUGCACGAGCAAGUCAAGGCCAUCAGCAAGCUGAGCGACUACAUCACCAACCUGCGCAAGAUGGAGACCGUGGGAAGCAGCCUGGCAGACUCCCUCUUUGACAAGCUCAGCCUGGGCAACAGCGACAAGAACUGAGUUGGGACUGUUUCCCCAUAGGCACAGGGUGCACGGUGACUUCCCCUGGUCACCAUGCCCAGC